AUGGAAUACCAAACAUCAAUUAUGAGACGAACACGAAAACGUGAUUUUAAUACUCUACCAGAAAAAGUUUUAUUAACAAUAUUUGCUUAUUUACCACAUGUAGAAUUAUUACGUUGUGCUCGUGUUUGUCGUUUAUGGCGUACUUUAAGUCAAAAUUCAAGAUUAUGGAAACAAGUUUUUCUUCGACCAGAAUAUCAUGGUUUACAUGUAAAAAAUCUUGAUCAAUUUCUUGUAUUAAUUGGUCAUCGUUUCUCAUUAUCAUUACAAUAUAUUGAAUUACCUAUGGAAUUAAUAACAGCUGAUGUUUUACAUGAAUUAGCUAAUAAAUGUCCAAAUUUAAAAUAUUUAACAUUAGAUUUUUCAACAGCUAUGCAAUUACAUGAUUUUAAUGAUUUAAAUGUAUUUCCAUGCAAUCUUAAAAUGCUUUGUAUUUGUUUAUCAGAAGUUAUUUUUCUUGAAGGUUUUAUGAGACGUAUAUAUACAUAUUUAUCAUCAGUAGAAAUUUUACAAAUUAUUGGUACUAUUGAGAAAUCAAAUGAAGCUGAAGAAGAAGUUUAUGAAACAAUUAAUAUUAGUAAAAUAAAAGUUCAAACACCAAAUCUUCGUGUCAUAAAUUUAUAUGGUAUAUUUUUUAUUGAUGAUAAUCAUAUAGACAUAAUAGCAUCCGGCUGUAUUCAUCUUGAAUGUUUUGCAUUAAAUUUUUGUACACGUGUCAAAGGUGCAAGUUUUACAAAUUUAUUACAACGUUGUAAAAAAUUACAAUGCCUUCUUCUUCAAAAUACUGGUAUUGAAGAUAAAGCAAUCUUAGCAGCUGAUUGGGCAUCAUCUUCUGUUACUGAACUUGACAUAUCAUCAACUGAAUUAUCAGAAAAUUGUCUUUUAGAUGUUUUUGCACGAAUGCCGAAAUUAACCUAUUUAGCAGUACCUAAUUGUGAUGGUUUCACUGAUAAUGUUCUCGCUCUUCUUAUUGAACAAGGAAAAUUAUCUAAUAUUCGUGCUAUUGAUCUAAGUAAUACAGUUAAUCUUAGUUAUGAUGUUGUAUCUACGCUUGUUAAACGACAUGGACGACAAUUACGUGGCAUAGCUUAUGCUGGUAAUGCCAAAGUAACGGAACAAUUUUGGACUAAUAUAAUUAAAAAUAUGAAAAAUAUCAAAAUAUUGGUUAUGGGCACUGCAUAUGGUUGGUUCAAGAAAAUAUCUACACGUAUUCAUAUUGAUCAAAUCUUAGAAGCAUGUGCACAAGAAUGUCAAAAAUUAGAACGAUUAGAAAUUCAAUGGGAUGAAGAAACAUUAAGAUGGAAUGAAAAUAGUUCAAAAUUUAUUGAUCAUAUUCGAAUUCGUUGUGUAAAACUUCAAUCAUUAGUAUUAGCUGAUGGUGAAUAUUAUGAACUCGUACGAUCAAAUUUUGACCGAGCUGAUCGCCUACGUGUUGUACGUACAACAACAAGUGAUCAAACCAGUAUUGUUAGUUUACUUCAUUAUUAUAAUGAAUUACGUUUUAAUUAA